AUGAGCAAGAGAAAAAUAUGGUACAAAGAGCGAUACAAUGAUGUUGAAAAGUAUGUGUGUUCCCUAAAGGAUAAUGAAUUUAUCAUUGAUCAUUAUCACCCAUGUGCUGCACUUAAUGUCAAUCAUAUUAAGAAGUAUGGAAUCCCUUUAGACCUUGAAUUUUCCCCUCGGGAAAGCAUACUGCUUUAUGAUGCAAUGGUACACAUUUGGCCAGAAUGGCCAAGAAUGCAGGAAUUAGAACCUGAAGAAUUCAGCUGCUUCAAAAAUAAAUUAGUCAUCAAGAAAUCUGAUGUCAAGAAAUACGAAGAGGAACUUAAAAAGGAAAUGAUUUGUUGGAUUGAGUUGGUCCCAAGCAAGUUGAAUGAGUUACUGAAGUACCUGAAGCCUCAAACUUUUGACUGUGCAGAAAGUGAAAAGCGAAGAAAGUUUCCAUUCUUUGUGGAAAAACUUAAAGAAAUGGAUAAGCUACCCGCAAUAUUUUUUGCAUUCAACAUUCACACAGUAGAAAUAUCAGCUUCUCGACUGCGUUAUAAUUUGAUAAGUAAACAAAAUACCCAUAAUGAUUCAAAUUCUGAAAAGGAGAAGAAAAUUUUGAUCAAGAAACUGUGGAAAGCAAGAAGGGUUCAAAGGAGAAACUUUGCUGCGUGA